AGGCCCCCUCGCGCAGGCGCGCCGCAGCGGGCGGAGGAUCCGGGCCGCGCUUCCUCUCGCCAGGCCUGCGAGCUUCCUCCCAUCGGAGCCCGGGCGAGCUGAGGUUGGCCGCCGCCGCCGAGCCUGCCGCCUCCCUUGCGCUCCUGCGCCACCCCGCGCCCUGCCCCGGGGUCCCACCGGGGUGGGGUCCGAGCAGGGCCAACCCGGGCCGCGCCGCCGUCGGGGGUCGGGGCCGUCCCCGGGCCAGCUGUCCCUCCCGCCCCGCCAGCCUCCGGCCGCCCAGCCUCCGGGGUGUGGGGCGCGGGCAAACCCCCGCGGCCGCGAUCGAACGCCCGGGGCGGCCCCCGGCGGCCGGCGCGACGUCCCCAAGUCGAACCUCGGUGGCGGCGUUCGGAAGCGGAACUCUGCCCGGGCCGCGCCGGCUACAUUGUUUCCUCCCCCCGGACUCCCUCCCGCCCCCUUCCCCCGCCUUUCUUCCCUCCCCGACCCGGGCUGCGCGGCCGUCCCCCCGCCUGUCUAGCCGUCCUUUCUCCCCCGAUUUUCGCAUCCCUACACCUCUUUGUACCGCACCCCCUGGGGACCCCUGCGCCCCUCCCCUUCCCCUUGGCCUCAUGGACUGUCCUGCAGGCCGCUAAUGCCGCCCGCGGUGCUGAGGUGGCCUGGACCGCAGUGCCCCGAGAGAGCUCUAAUGGUACCAAGUAACAGAUCGGCCUUCCUGUAGCACGGGGACGCCAGAUCUAAGAAGAUGUCGGCAAUACAGGCCGCCUGGCCAUCCGGUACAGAAUGUAUUGCCAAGUACAACUUCCAUGGCACUGCUGAGCAAGACCUUCCCUUCUGCAAAGGAGAUGUACUCACCAUUGUGGCAGUCACUAAGGACCCAAACUGGUACAAAGCCAAAAACAAGGUGGGCCGUGAGGGCAUCAUCCCAGCCAACUAUGUCCAGAAGCGUGAAGGCGUGAAGGCAGGCACCAAACUUAGCCUUAUGCCCUGGUUCCACGGCAAAAUCACACGGGAGCAGGCCGAGCGGCUUCUCUACCCACCAGAGACAGGCCUGUUCCUGGUGCGAGAAAGCACCAACUACCCUGGGGACUACACACUGUGUGUGAGCUGUGAAGGCAAGGUGGAACACUACCGCAUCAUGUACCAUGCGAGCAAGCUGAGCAUCGACGAGGAGGUGUACUUCGAGAACCUCAUGCAGCUGGUGGAGCACUACACCACAGAUGCUGAUGGACUCUGCACUCGCCUCAUCAAACCAAAGGUCAUGGAGGGCACGGUGGCGGCCCAAGAUGAAUUCUACCGCAGUGGCUGGGCGCUGAACAUGAAGGAGCUGAAGCUGCUACAGACGAUCGGAAAGGGGGAGUUUGGAGAUGUGAUGCUGGGUGAUUAUCGGGGCAACAAAGUUGCCGUCAAGUGCAUUAAGAACGAUGCCACCGCCCAGGCCUUCCUGGCUGAAGCCUCGGUCAUGACGCAACUUCGGCACAGCAACCUAGUCCAGCUGCUGGGUGUGAUUGUGGAGGAGAAGGGCGGGCUCUAUAUUGUCACAGAGUACAUGGCCAAGGGGAGUUUGGUGGACUAUCUUCGAUCUCGUGGUCGCUCGGUGCUAGGCGGAGACUGUCUCCUCAAAUUCUCACUAGACGUCUGUGAGGCCAUGGAGUACCUGGAGGGUAACAAUUUUGUGCACCGGGACUUGGCUGCCCGGAACGUGCUGGUGUCUGAGGACAACGUGGCCAAAGUCAGUGACUUUGGCCUCACCAAGGAAGCUUCCAGCACUCAGGACACAGGCAAACUGCCAGUCAAGUGGACGGCCCCUGAAGCCCUGAGAGAGAAGAAAUUCUCCACCAAGUCCGAUGUGUGGAGUUUCGGGAUCCUUCUCUGGGAAAUCUAUUCCUUUGGGCGAGUGCCUUACCCAAGAAUUCCCCUGAAGGACGUCGUCCCUCGGGUGGAAAAGGGCUAUAAGAUGGACGCCCCGGACGGCUGCCCGCCCGCAGUCCACGAGGUUAUGAAGAACUGCUGGCAUCUGGAUGCUGCCGCACGGCCCACCUUCCUGCAGCUUCGAGAGCAGCUAGAGCACAUCAGAACCCAUGAGCUGCACCUGUGACCUCUGCCUCCGCCUAGGCCAUGGGCCUGCAGGGACAGGGCCCAGAAGAUCUGGUGCCCUGCCGCUCACUGGGCGUGAACUUGAACUGAGCCCCCGUGGGCUGGUAGGCCUCUCGCCUCUGCCCUGCCUGUCCCUUCUGGCCCCCCAGGGACCCCACCUAGGCCUGGCAUCUUCUCUCAUGGACCACCUGUAGGACUUGGGCGCCCACGGAAGGACUAAGGAGGGAGGAGGACAAGGGUGGGAAGCAGUGCCUCCACUGUGGCCAGCCUUCUCUUGGCCUCCCGUCACCGCCUUCUUAGAGUUUUAUUCCUUUCCUUUUUUUGAGAUUUUUUUCUGUGUGUUUAUUUUUUAUUAUUUUUCAACAUAAGGAGAAAGAAAGUACCCAGCAAAUGGGCAUUUUACAAGAAGUACGAAUCUCAUUUUCCUGUCCUGCCCCCGGGGGUAGGGGAGGAGUCAGCCUCUCUCUAGGGACCGAUCACCCCAGCCUGUUCCCCAUCCCGUGUUCCAUGUCCAGUGUUGCCUCGGUCGCCUAUGUUUGCGCUUGACCAUGUUGCACUGUUUGCAUGUGCCCGAGGCAGGCGUCUGUCAGGGGCUUGGAUUUCAUGUGCUGUGGCCGCUCACCCACCGCCUUGUGAGAUGGAAUUGUAAUAAACCACUCCCAUGAGGACACCGCCA